AUGGCUGCAGCAGAAGAUAUUGACAAUUUGAAAAGAAGUAUUACCGAACAGGACCAACGCGAAAUUAUCAAAUGGGGCGCUAUACCAGGAGAAUCCGAAGCUCAAAUUCAUCGUGAGCACAAUCAACAAAUGGACGGGACGGAGUUCUUCAAGCGUAAUGUGCAGAAAUGGGUGAGAAUGUUCAAAGGAGGAAGAACGGAGACAAGUGAAGGGCGAAGUGGUGCUCACAAUGUUCACUCCGCACACGAAGAACGAGUAGCUGAAAUCAAGCGUCGAAUGGCUAAGCGCAGAGACUGCAUCAUGGCCGAACUUGCCCGCGAGACCGGCAUUCCUGCUACUACCGUUGGCCGAGUUGUGUCCAAAGAAUUGAAGAUGGUCAAGUAG